AAAAAUAAACACUGGGAUGCGAGGCUUGUAAUUUUAGACUUCAGAGUAGGAAAAGGCGGCUCAGGCCGGCCGGAGCAGGAACUGUAAGGAGGGGGCCUGAGUUUGUUUACCUCCGUCUGUUCUCCCCACUGGUCCGUAGUUAGUUCAGCCCAUAGCUGGUCCCUUCCACCUUCCGCAGUUCAGCGGGGGAACUCGGUGGGGAGCAAGACCUCUUUAAGGCUAAGUCUAUCAGAGAGAGCAAGUGAAGUACUUUUUCCAUCACAAACGUUACUGUUUGCCAAUAGUUUCUUGGGAAGUAGAAGAAAACUCCAGGCAUUUUUGCCCUUACACUGGGCUUCGUGGCGGGUUCUGGGAGUGGGCAAGAUACCCCCCCUCUCGGGCAGAGACGCGAUUGGUUCGCUCCGGCGUUAUUUAAGGGCGCCGUGGGGCGAGUGGCGAGCUCAGAGCUGCUCUGGCUGCGGCCCUGGGAAGGGGACCGAGCUGCGAUUUCAGCAGGCAUGAAUCAAGUGGGAAUUCCCGGCAAUGCUAGUAGAACAGUGAUGGAGUGGCAGAAGGGGACUCAGAAGUGAGGCGGUUAAAGGUCAUAAAAGAAGAUACAGGAGACGUUCAACUUCUCCACUCAAGUUCUGCCUCUUGGGGAGAAUCAUGAUAACGUUGAUUACUGAGCAACUACAGAAGCAGAGUUUGGAGGAAUUGAAAUGCACGUGCUUCAGGAUCAGUUUGCCUUUGCCUGAUCAUUCUGAUGUCUCUACCUGUGGGGACCCUUUCCAGCUUGUUUCCGAAGGUGCUUCCUGGAGGGGUCUGCCCCCCUGUCCCUGUGCCGGGCUCAAGGACAACCUUAGUCUCAGCUAUCAUCACUCUAGUCUGAGUUUGCACUUCAAACCUCCAAGCCGGGGAGGCUCUCCACAGGAGAAACCUCUCUGCCAGGGCCUUUCCCCAGAGUCUUCAGGCUCAGAGAAAGUUCCUGUCCCUCCUGCUCCUCCAUCCAAGCGGCAUUGUCGCUCUCUAUCAGUACCUGUGGACUUGUCUCGAUGGCAGCCUGUUUGGCGGCCUGUUCCUUCCAAGUUGUGGACUCCUAUCAAGCGUCAAGGCAGUAAUGGAGGAGUGGGUGGGCCACUGGUACCGCAUCAAAGCUCCCCCAAGCGGGUCUCCAGCCUCAGGUUCCUCCAAGCCCCGAGUGCCUCUCUUCAGUGUGUCAAGGCCAACAACAGAUCCUGCAGCCCACCUUUCUUCAGUUUGGCCCUGACCCAUCAUGAUUCCCCAAGACCCUGUGCUGCAUCCCCUCCCAGUGGAUCAUGGGAGAGUGAUCAUGAGCCCCUAUCCCCUUUUCCUCCACAGCGUCGCUUCUCCUUGUCCCCCAUCCUCAUCCCACAGGCAGGCAGGUUCCUGCCCUCUGCCCGGAGUUCCCCUUCCUCUUCCCCAGAGCUGACCUGGCGACUCCAUGGUCUUCCCCGAAGCCGAUCGCAGCCUUGUGACCUGGAUGCACGAAAGGGUGGGGUCAAACGGCGCCAUGAUGAUGACCCAAGGCGUCUUCGACCCUCUCUGGACUUCGAUAAGAUGAAUCAGAAACCGUAUUCAGGAGGUCUCUGUCUCAUAGAUACAGCCCAGGAAGGCAACAGCAUCUCCCCACCGUGGUUCAUGGCCUGUAGCCCUGCACCCCUCUCUGCCUCGUGCAGCCCCCUUGGUGGCUACUCCCAGGUUCUGAGUGAAAGCGAAGAGGAAGAAGAGGGGACCAGGAGGUGGGACCGAUCCCUUUUUACCAAGCGGACACUCUGCCAGCAGGACUUUGGGGACCUGGACUUGAAUCUGAUUGAGGAAAACUAGAGCUGAGAAGCUGCUUCUUGGGGGGAAAGCAAACUUCAUGUCUACUAACAAGUGAUGAGGCCUCCAGGCCAGAGACUAAACCUGGGAACUGGGGUGAGUUGAGGGCUCCAGUUCUGGGCAGCUGGGAAACAGCACGCACCAUGAAGCUCCACAGUGCAGACCCAACAGCUCAAUAUGAGGAGCUGAGGAGCUGAUUUUGGUUGUAGGAGAGCAAAGGGGUCAGAUGGUACAGAGUUCAACUUCUGUUGAAAGUCUUUAGCUAAAAUCUGAGAAGAGCUACUGUGUGUGUUAUCAAAAGAACAGUGGGAUGAAGUCUAGAGGAGGGCUUUGUGGUCCCAUGUUUCUGUAUAGGAAUGUUCACAAACUUCUUUGACUUGAGGGAUCUGUCAGGUCUUAGAAUUUGGCCAAGAUGACAGAUGAUCUGUGUGUGUGGGUGUGUGUGUGGGGAUAUGACAGGUGUUUGUGUGAGCAGUCCCAGGGAAAAUGUGGCUAGCCCAACUUGGAGUGUCAAGUGGUUUCAAGUGGUAUAUAAGAUCCCAAGUUAUAAUGAAAAAUUAGGGGGAAAAUCUCUAAAUGGGAGAAAUGAGGACCCUGACCAGGGUACCCUCCUUCCAAUUCUAUUCUUUCCUAACUGGUCAUGUGCUGGUAUAUGGUCAACUGUCCCUCUGGUUCACUAUGUUUCUAUUUUGGGUGGAAGCUUUUUCUUUGGAGGGGGGGCUGUCCAAAGUUGGGGACUCACAGAGAUGUCUCCUGUGGGACAUCUGGAUUGUCCUUAAAACGUGCUAUUAUCCUCCCAACUCUGGAAUAGUACCAGCUGUUGGGGGUAAGUAUAUCCUGUUUGGUCAAAGCCAAUCUUUUGAUUCCAAUCAGAAGGGUCUUAAUAUUCUGCUCCCCAGCCCAUCUUUGUAUACACAACUGGUAAAUGUGGGGGAGGGAUGUUGAAGAGGAACAGUGGCUAUGAUAACCCUGCAUGUUCAUUUCUCCCCUUAUCCCUACUUAGAGAAAGGUGUCUGUCAUAGAUACUUUUUCUCUCUGACCUUCCCCCAUCCUCCACCCUAUCCCUGUCGUUAGUCUGGGAGAGGGAAGCUUGGGAAGGCACCCCUUCCUGUUCCAGAUCAGAUUCACCGGUCUCCAUCUUCACCAAGAACUGAUGAGCACAGCAGCAGGAGGAGUGACAGCAGGUCCCAGCUGGCUUGGGUGAGCUCACCACAUCACAAACAUGUGAAAGCAAAUGGGGAGGACAAAGUGGGAGGUUAUGGGUGGGAGAAAUCACUCUUAGACUCAAGCCUAGCCUGGCCCAAUUGCUAAGUUUGACUCCUAGAAAGAAUUGGUAUUAUGUUGGAUUUUAUUAAAUUCCAUUGAGGAAAUGUUACUGUUUCUAAUUGGCCCUGGGAUAUAGUAGGGAGGUUGGGACUCACUGAGAAAAUUAAUUGGCUUGAUAUUUUGUAGCAAAACCUGUGAAAAACAGUUGGGAUUUUUUUUGUUUGUUUGUUUUGUAUUAUUUCUAUCCAGUGACCUGAGCCAGAGCAUCAGGCCCUGUUGGUAGUGGUGAGACUUUAAGGGCUAUGCUGGUGACAGUGGGUAUCACCUUUCUCUGCUGCUGUACCUGCUACCACAGUUGCUAAGUAGGUAGUUUAUCCAGUAUUUGGCUGGACCUAACAUAGAACCCUGCCUUUCCUAUUAUAGGUAUGGGGGGAAUGUCUGUUGCCUCUUUCAGUUACUAGGAUGUCCUAGGGGGUUUUUCUGGGUCCUCAAUUCUGGAGGCUUUGUAUGCUGUUUUUUCUGCUUCUCACAUUCCCAUAAUAGUUACACCAAUGAAAGAUGCUGACUCUUGGGAUCUAAGGGAUCCUAUAGUAGGUGCUAAAAGGGCCUUGCUGAACUGGGCAUGACUACUGAGGUUCCUUCCCUUCUGUCUCUUCCCCAUCCAUACCAAUUUCAUCUACACCUGACGUUUUCUACUUUCUUGAAUGUAUCCUGGCUGUAGAUGGAGGUGUAAACCUGAUAAAAGACUGGGAAAUACAAUACUGGAGAUUGUCAGUCCUUUGUUUCUUUCUUUCCUGCUUUUGUUUCUUCCUGCUUUUUUCCUUCAGGUCAAAAUUUCUUCUAGCCCAGGCUUCUACUGUUUUCAGUAUCAUAUCCCUAUCUCACUACCUAGGGAGUGCUUUUCUUCUAUUGGUGACUGUCUGCUUAAUCUUCUGGUGUCUUUUUUUGAAGGGAGAUACCAACUAGUGAAGGAGAAGGGCUGAAUUCAAUAAUUUGCAGCCUUGAUCUGGCUCUCCUAUUGCCUUAGGGGGUAUAUUCAACUGAGGGAAAAGCCUAUAGGAGUUUUAAAAUUGAAGAGCUUGAAUGUGUUUAUAUGAAAUCUACUGGAACCACUUGCCCCAGGACGAGUCUUUUAAAGAAUAGGUGGAUUUUACUUUAUUGAAUAUAUUCCUGAAAAAUUUGUGUAACCUGGAUCCAAAUGUUUUAAAUAUACUAAAGGAAGUUUAUAAUUUUAAAGCAUCCUGAAAGCCAACUUUUGUCCCCAAAAAACAAAACUCCCAUCCAGUUAAUCUUAUUUUGUAAAAUCUAGGUUUUUCACAUAUUGGGUUUGCCUAACAUAGGGGUACCCUUGUGCCAGAUUUAUAAUGGGUGUUGCUGGGUGGAAGUCUCCAUCUGUGAUGUGUUGGGUUGUUUGGCUGACCCAUGGGUGAGUAUUUCUGUGUGUGACUGAAGCUGCUGUAAGACUGGUGCUUUCAUCCUCCUCAAUCCUCCUGUCCCCUGGUAACUGCCCAGCAGCAACUCCUGCUGCCAUGUACACUUCCACCUGCUGCCAAAGUCCCUGUGCUAAUGGGAUUAAAACCCACACAACAAAAGAAAAUUUUGGUAACUUUGUUUUAUAUUAAAAGAAAAAAGUCUGUGUGUAUUAAACAUGAGGUCCUGCCUCUGUGGCUGUGUUUGAAAAAAAAUAAAGUUUUAUUAGAAUAAGUUUUUCCCAAGCA